AUGGAGAAGAUGGUCAUCCACUUGGUUUCAUUGUUGCUUCUCCUACAUUGCUUUUUAGUUACAGUAGCCAGCAUCACCGACUUCACUACCGAUCAAUCAGCUCUCGCUGGAUUCAAGGCUCAUAUCACGGUUAGCCCUCAAAGCAUCUUGGCCUCCAAUUGGACCACCUCCGUCUCCGUCUGCAACUGGAUUGGUGUCUCUUGCAGUGGUGGUCGCCAUGGAAGAAGAGUUACAGCUUUAGACCUCGCAGAUAUGGAUCUUAAGGGAACCGUUCCUCCACAUCUAGGGAACCUCUCCUUCCUUCUCUCCCUUAACUUGAGCAAAAACAAUUUCCACGGCCGUCUCCCGAAAGACCUAGGAAGGUUGAAUCGAUUAGAAUCAAUCAAUUUAACGUAUAAUCGACUGAGCGGAGAAAUACCAGACUGGUUUGGGAACUUAUCCAGGCUUCAGUACAUGAUUCUAAGUAGCAACAAUUUCACAGGCACUCUCCCGAUUACUCUAUCCAACAUAUCAACCCUCGAGGUGUUGGAUUUGAAUUUUAAUUUGAUACAAGGAAACAUUCCUUACCAGAUGGCUGAACUUCACAACCUGGAACAACUCAGAAUCAGACAAAAUCAUCUUUCGGGAAGAAUACCUCCUCAGAUCUAUAACAUUUCGUCUUUGCGUUGGAUUGACUUGGCACUCAAUAAUCUCUCUGGUAAUCUCCCAGAUAGCGUAUGUGAUUUUCUUCCAAAUGUUGAGCGUUUUGUUUUAGCUUCAAAUGCGUUAGAUGGUCGAGUUCCUUCCAGUUUGGGCAAAUGCAGGAAGCUUCAAGACUUGGAGCUGUCCAUCAAUGGCUUCACAGGACCAAUACCAAGAAGCAUAGGAAACUUAACGGAGAUCCAACUGCUACUGAUGAGCAGAAACAAUUUGCAAGGUGAAAUACCGGAUGAGAUUGGAAAGCUACGCAAUCUGUGGUAUAUGAAUUUGGGUCACAACAAAUUUAGCGGUAGCAUACCAUCUGCCAUCUUCAAUAUCUCAACUGUAAUGGGAAUUAGUGUAAAUGACAACUAUUUGAUAGGCCAUCUUCCUCCAACCAUUGGCAAUGAACUUCCAAGCUUGGAGGAGCUUCGUCUAUGGGGCAAUAACCUUGAGGGAAUAAUACCAGACUCUGUCUCCAAUGCUUCUAAGCUUAGGGUCUUAGACUUGGGACCAAAUGAUUUUUCUGGUCCUAUUCCUAAUACACUUGGAAAUCUAAGGUUUCUUGAAGUUCUUAUUCUUCAUGACUGUAAUUUGAUCACUCACGAUUGGACCUUUCUCUCUUCUUUGACAAGUUGCAGACAUCUGAAGGAUCUUGAGAUAGGGAACAAUCCCUUACAUGGUGUCCUUCCAAAUUUCAUUGGUAAUCUGUCUGCAACCCUUGAGUUUUUUAUGGCAUAUGACUGCAAAAUCAGAGGCCAUAUUCCCUUGGAAAUUGGUAAUCUGAGCAACUUGAUUGAGUUCGAUUUAAAUGGAAACGAGUUGAUUGGGCCGAUUCCAGCAACAGUUGGUAGAUUAGAGAACCUUCAAGGAUUGAGGCUGCAUCAAAACAUGCUGGAAGGAACAAUCCCAUCUGAUAUGUGUCGCUUGAGAAGAUUCCAACAGUUUCAGCUCUGCUAUACCUUCAACAUUUAA